GACAGACUCUGCAACACAAGCGUACUUUUCGGUUUUCAACAAUUACCAUAUUUAAUAACCUUGAGAUGUCAUAUAUAACCCUGUUGGUUGUAAAGUACUUCGGUAAUGUCUGAUUGUCUGAAGGGAGUAUCGAAAAGGUAUAUUGUACUAAGAUUUAGCCAUAAAGGAACAUGUGGACAGCUGUCUUCUGUAGUGACGUCAACCAAUAAUGCAUAUCAGAAAUGUCUAAUCUCACUAUACUUGUUUAAUUUCAUUAUAGAUGUAUUAAAGAAUUUGCGUCCCAUUUAUUUAAACUUCUCAGGAAUUAAUUUGCCACGGGGAAAAUUUCUUACUGGUCCAGAAAACACAGACGAAAAAUUUUUUUUAUGUGAAGACGAUGACGAAAGGCAGUCUUUUGAAUAUCAUGAAAAAAAAUUCCAGUAUAUCUGCAUUUACUAAAUGUAAUAUUAUGCUCCAAGACUCGUUUGUAUCUAAGUGUAAUUUAAUGACUGGUGUGAAAUGACUAAAUGUGUACUAACCAU